AUGUUUGUGAAACGGGCUAGCCGGUGCGUUAAACCUGAUCCAAGGGUAUUCAGCAUAAGGGACCCGGCUGAAUGGUCUGCCGGGCGGGACGCGAGGGACCUGUCAAUAACGGAAUCUGUCUCUGAUGGCUCCUUCAACUCGCAUCCUUGCUUGUUGGCUAGCCUGGGUAGCGUGCAAGCCUGUUUGAUGCUCGCCCCCGUUCGUCCUUGGGCCUUUGCACUGCUCGGCGAGGACAGCGACAGGGCAGAGAGAGCGGCAUGCGCAUGGCCGCCCGUGCAUCGUGUUCUCGGUCUCAGCCCCUCCAGAGGCGAGAUCGUCCUCGCCCUCAUCCUCCCUUCUCUCGGUGUCUGCCCGUUGGAUCCUCUGGUGGGUCACUCGCCUUUGCUGGAGUCCGCCCCGCACAAGAGCGAGAUUGAAUCCGAAGCAGACUAG